AUGAUUAGGCCCGGUGCCCACAGGCAACUAACUUUUACGCAGAAGAGGCGUAACUGCGGGCGCUCCAAGCAUGGCCGUGGGCAUGUUAAGUUUGUGCGUUGUACCAAUUGUGCGCGCUGUGUCCCCAAAGACAAGGCUAUUAAGAAAUUUGUUAUAAGGAAUAUUGUGGAGGCAGCCGCAGUAAGGGAUAUUGCUGAUGCAAGUGUAUAUGAAGUGUACCCUCUUCCCAAACUUUAUGUCAAGCUUCACUACUGUGUUAGCUGUGCAAUCCACUCUAAGGUCGUCAGGAAUCGCUCCAAGGAAAACAGGAAGAUCAGGGUCCCGCCUCCAAGGUUCCCACGCAGGCCUGACAAUCCCCAGGGACAACGUCCAGGAGGUGUUGGACCGCGUCAAACUACUGCAGCAUAAAAUUGCCUGUAGUUGAAUCCAAAGGGAUCAUAUAAUUAAAAGAAACUUACAUUAAAACU